AUAUAAGUUCACGAAAUUAUAAUUUAGGCAUCAGUUCUCGAUCCACUACGAUCUAAGAAUCACUUAAGUAAAUAAUAAUGGCAUUCAAGUUUGUAGCUCUUGCCACCCUCUUGGCGGUCGCAAACGCAGGACUGGUGCCGUACGGCUACCAAGCAGCACCAGCUCACUUGACCUACGGUCAGUACGGACACUACGCACAUGGAACACCCCUUGCCUACGCAGCGCCCGUAGCUAAGGCGGUUGUCACCAAAACCGUAGACACGGAAUACGACCCCCAUCCUGAGUACAAUUUCUCUUACAAUGUCCAUGACAGUCUGACUGGCGAUGCCAAGACCCAACAGGAAACGCGUCACGGUGAUGUCGUUGAAGGCAGCUACAGUCUCGUUGAAGCCGACGGAACUCGUCGCGUUGUUCAUUACACCGCUGAUGACGUCAACGGAUUCAACGCUGUUGUGGAAAAACAACCGGCUGCUGUUGCUGUCAAAACUGUUGCACCAGUAGUUCAUGCUCCAGCUUAUGCAUACAAAGCUGCUCCAGUUUACCAUGCUGCACCAGUAGCAUACAAAGCUGCCCCAGUCUACGCCACAUCUUACGCUGCACCUGUUGCCCAUCAGUACACUGAAGCUUUGUACCAUCAUUAAAUUUUAAAUUCGCCCUGAACGUAUUUUUGUAUGAGAAAAAAAAUAAUUACGGGUUUUAAUUUUCAAAUUAUGGUUUUUUACUUUUAUUAUUUUUUUUUACUGCUGUAAAUAAGAGCUUGUGCAUAAUAAAGAAUUUCAUUUUUUAUAUG